UAGCUCACCAAUCAUUGACUCUACCUCUCUUCCUAGUUCCUACUAUAUAAACAGAUAUACAUACAUACAUCUUCCAGUGUAUUAUCAAUGGAAAAGCUAGCAAUUUUCUGUCUCUGCGUUCUCUCUCUAACCGUCAUCUCUUUUUCAGCCACAGAUGUCCAUGACCUCCUCCCAUUAUACAAUCUCCCAAAGGGUCUUCUCCCACAAAACAUCAAGUCCUAUACUCUCUCCACCGUUGACAGUUCCUUCACCAUUGAGCUCAGUUCACACCCAUGUUAUGUUAAUUUCAAUGGUCAAUCUGUGUACUAUGAUAGAAUCAUUAAAGGGAAACUGGGAUUUGGGAAAGUUUCUGAAGUUUCUGGGAUUCAGGCUAAGAAAUUCUUCUUAUGGGUUUCUGUUACUGGGAUUGAUGUUGACGAAGAGAAUGGGAUGAUUGAAUUUUAUGUGGGUGCUCUUUCGCAGAAACUGCCGGCGGACGAAUUUGAGACUAUCCCAACUUGCAAGGUUAAAGGGAUUCAAGAUUCUUUCUCUUAUCUGGAAGCAUCGAUUUGAGUUGAGGUGCAAGAAAAAUUUAGAUGAUGCAAUGCUAUUCAUUCAGUAUGAAGCCUACCACGAUCAUUGAACCGUCUACACUUUUUUACAAGGAUCAAAGAAUAGACACAGAAUUUAUAAUUUUUCUUGCUUAUUACAACGUGAUGUUGAGUGCUAAAUGUAAUACUAUUGUGAUUUUACGAAAACAUUAAUUGUACUAAAUGGGCACAUUGGAUGCUGGAAAGUCAGUCUCUCCCAUAUUAAAGUGAUGUGAAUUACUCCAUACCUAAAUAGAUUUGUUGAGAAAUAUCUUAUGAUA